UCCCUCUUGUUUUGCCCCUUUCCCUCUUCUGUUUUCCAUUACAAAAUCAUGGGAAAAUACUUGAGAAAAACUGGCGAUGUCAUGGAGUCUUCUCUUGGUGUUCGUACUAGAGCAAGAACCCUAGCACUUCAACGUCUUCAAUCUUCUUCUUCAACUCCACCACCCCCACUGUCCUCUGUUUCUGAUUCUUGUUACCUUCAACUUCGUUCCCGCCGCCUUCACAAACCACCCACCCCCAUUCCGAACCCGGAAAAUUCUAACUCACACCCAGAGUCUGUCUCUGUUGGGUCUAUUUCAAUUAACCAAAAAGGUUGGGUAACAGAGGAUGAAAUCUCAUUUGGUGAGAAUAAUCUUGAUUCUGAACACAGAGAUAGAAGCACUAGAGAAAGCACGCCUUGCAGCUUGGUGAGGGAGGUGGAUACUAUGGUCAACCCUGGUUCUGCGACAAGGCAUACAGAGUUAAACACAACAACUCAAAGAACAAGGAGCUUUAUCCUUAGAAAUAUCCCUUCAGCUCAUGAAAUCGAGGAGUUUUUCACCUUUGCUGAGCAGCAACAACAGCGCCUUUUUAUGGAGAAGUACAACUUUGAUGUGGUAAAUGAUGUACCGCUUUCUGGCCGGUAUGAAUGGAUUAGGGUGAAUCACUAAGCUGGGGCUGAUGAAGUUGCUGGAUACUAUUGUAUAAAUAGCUGGUGUAGUUUUAGUUAUCUGUUAGAUAGCAAGAUUACACAUAACUAACAAUUUGGAAGUAGAAUAGGCAUAAAUUGUGGAUUAGGCUUUGGCUGUCUUUGUAACUUGCAAAGUGACAUAGCCAAUGCCUUCUUUUUUAUUCUAGUAAUCAAUUUAGGUUUUUUAGCUCAUCAUCUCUCUCUUUCUAUCUCCACUUGAUGAUAGUACACUGUGACAUCAAAAAGUUUGUGUACUUUU